CUGGGCUGUCCCGGGGCCGAUCCCUGUCCCGGGGCCGGGCCGGGCCGGUCCCUCCCCGCCGGGGCGGGGGAGGCUCCGCCGCCGUACAAGAGCCGGGACCCGCCCGGGCGCGGCCACUCGCCGCGAUCCCGCCGCGCACGGACCCGCCGGGGCCGCUCCGGGACCACCGGGAUCGGGACCCGCCGCCAGGAAUCCGGCACCGGCCAUGGCCCGGGCCGGGAGCUGAGCCCGCUGCCCGCAGGCUGGGAAGGUGACACAGGAACCGCCGCGAGGUCCUACGGGCGAGGGCAGAGGAUUCCUGGGGCGGAUCCGGGGCAGGACCUUCCUCCCGACAAGAUGGAGAAGGAGGAGGAGACGCGGGAGAUCCUGCUGCCCAACUGGCAGGGCAGCGGCUCCCACGGCAUCACCAUCGACCAGACCGACGACGGCGUCUUCGUCAAGCGCGUCCAGCAGAACUCCCCCGCCGCCCGCAUGGGCGUCGUCAAGGAAGGGGAUCAGAUCGUGAGUGCCACCGUCUACUUCGACAACCUGCAGUCUGGGGAGGUGGCGCAGCUGCUGCAGACCAUGGGCCACCACACCGUGGGACUGCGGCUGCAGCGCCGCGGCGACCGCUCCCCCCUGCCCGGCCAGCCCUGGGCGCACGACGUGUUCGCCGCCGGCAGCCCCGAGGUCGUGCUGAGCGGAGAUGACGAGGAGUACAGGAGGAUUUACACCACCAAGAUCAAGCCCCGGCUGAAGUCGGAGGAAGGGGCGGACGCUGAGGGCGGGGGGACGCAGAGCAGGACCAUCACGGUCACCAGGAAGGUCACGGCCUACACCGUGGACGUCAGCCGGCACGGCGGCGCCGGCGACCUCAGCGCCGCGGGGACCGACCUCGACAUCCGAGUCCCGAGCCCGGGACUCACCCUCGGCGCCGACGGAGAGCCCGGGAAAACCUGGCUGCCAACAGGAGAGCUGAGGACUCAGCCAGAGAGCCAAAUUCCUGGUGGAGAAACUGGAAAAGUCGUCCUGCCGGAGAUGCCGACGGGCUGGAAAGGCUCCGGUGCCUUCCCGGGGUCACCCAGGGUUGAAACCAAUGGACAGAUGGGAGAGCUGGAGGUGGGAUUCCACGUCAAGGGGCCCAGGGUGGACGGGAAAGGACAAGCCCCGUGUCUCCAGGGAGAGGUUGACGGCUCUCCGCCGCCCGUGGAUGUGGGGAAGAUCAAGAUUCCCGCGUUAAAAAUCCCCAAAUUUGGGUUCCAGGCUGGCAGCAGCGAAGCUCCGGUCCCCCCGGCGGGCGCCGACACCAACAUCACCUGCUCACCUGUCCAGGUGUCACCCCCCUCAGCCACAACCGGGAAGGUCCCCUCCCCUCAACUGGGCAUCCCCGGCGUCGGCAUCGACGGCCCCGGCGUGGAGCUCACGGCUCCCGGCGCCGACGGCACCAAGGGGAAGGUCCAGAUCCCGCACAUGACCUGCCCCAAAUUCACUGCCCUGGACUCGCGGGGGGACGGCCCCGCCCUGGAGAUCGGGGUCCCCAAGGGCGAGGCGGCCGUCGAAGGAGGGUGGAAAGGCCCCACCUUCAAGAAGGUGGAGACGCCCCAAAUCUCCCUGUCCGACGUGAACUUGAGCCUGAAAGGCCCCCAGGCCAAGGGGGACCUGGGGGGGGUCACCGUCCCCAAGGUGGGGGGGGACCUCUCGGGACUCGGCCCCAAGGGGCUCCAGGUGGACGUGAAGGCGCCCGAGGUGGAGUUCGGGGGUCGCGUGAAGGGCCCCAACGUGGACGUCGGCGCCAAGGGGCUGAAGGGAGAGGUGGACGUUUCCAUCCCGGCCGUGGGCAGUGAGUUCAAAGGGCCCCAACUGGAGCUUAAAGGCCCCGCGGGGAAGAUGCCGGAGCUGCACGUCCAGACCCCCCAGAUCUCGAUGCCCGACGUCGACCUGAACCUCAAAGGUCCCGGAGUGAAAGGAAAUCUGGACAUUUCCAAACUGGAAGGGGAGCUGAAAGCCCCCGGACUCGACAUCAAAGGCCCCAAAGUCGACGUUGAAGUGCCCGACCUGGACGUCCAAGGUCCUGAGGGCAAACUGAAGUUCCCCAAGCUGAAAAUGCCCAAAUUUGGGGUGAAGGGAGAGACUCCCAACAUCGAGGUGACUCUUCCCAAGGGGGAGGUGGACAUUUCUGGCCCCAAAGUGGACAUUUCUGCCCCCAAAAUGGACAUUUCUGGCCCCAAGGUUGACCUGAAGGGGCCCAAAGUGGACAUUUCUGGCCCCAAGGUGGACGUCGAUGUCCCGAGCGUGGACAUCAAGGGCCCCAAAGUUGACAUCGAGGCCCCUGACGUGGACAUUCACGGCCCAGAGGGGAAGUUCAAGAUGCCCAAGUUCAAGAUGCCCAAGUUUGGGAUGCCCGGGGUCAAGGCUGAAGGCCCCGAGGUGGACGUGACCCUGCCCAAGGGGGACAUCGAUGUUUCCCUGCCCAGGGUGGAGAUGCCAAGCGUGGACAUCCAGGGGCCUGAAGGCAAAGUGAAGGUGCCCGAGAUGCACAUCAAGGCCCCCAAGGUCUCCAUGCCCGACGUCGACCUGAACCUCAACGGUGCCAAGGUGAGGGGCGACCUCGAUGCCUCCAUCCCCGCUUUGGAGGGGCCCCAACUGGAGCUCAAAGGCCCCAGAGUUGACGUUGGGAGCCCAGAGCUGGAUGUCCAAAGUCCCGAGGGCAAACUGAAGUUCCCCAAGCUGAAAAUGCCCAAAUUCGGGGUGAAGGGAGAGACCCCCGAGGUCGAAGUGGCCCUUCCAAAGGGCAAAGUGGACAUUUCUGGUCCCAGUGUUGACGUGCCGAGCGUGGACAUCCACGGGCCCGAGGGGAAGCUGAAGGGCCCCAAGGUGAAGGUGCCCGAGAUGAGCAUCAAGACCCCCCAGAUCUCGAUGCCCGACAUCGACCUGAACCUCAAAGGUCCCAAAGUGAAGGGAGACCUGGAUGUUUCCGCCCCCAGGCUGGAAGGGGAGCUGAAAGCCCCUGGGCUCGACAUCAAAGGCCCCAAAGUCGACGUUGAAGUGCCCGACCUGGACGUCCAAGGUCCUGAGGGCAAACUGAAGUUCCCCAAGCUGAAAAUGCCCAAAUUUGGGGUGAAGGGAGAGACCCCCAAUGUCGAGGUGACUCUUCCCAAGGGGGAGGUGGACAUUUCUGCCCCCAAAAUGGACAUUUCUGGCCCCAAGGUUGACCUGAAGGGGCCCAAAGUGGACAUUUCUGGCCCCAAGGUGGACGUCGAUGUCCCGAACGUGGACAUCAAAGGGCCAGAAGUGAAAGGAAAAGGUCUCAAGUUUAAAAUGCCCGAACUGAAUGUUCAGACCCCAAAACUGUCCAUGCCAGACGUGGAUCUGGGGUUGAAGGUCCCAAAACUGAAGGGGGACGUGGCAAUUUCUGGCCCGAAGAUCUCUGGGGAUCUGAAGGGCCCCAAAAUAGACGUGGAGGGUCCCAAGGUGGACGUGAAAGGCCCCAAAAUAGACGUGAAAGGUCCCAAGGUGGAUGUGGAAGUUCCCAGGAUGGACGUGGAAGGUCCCAAAGUGGAUGUUGAGAUGCCGGAGGUGGACUUGGAAUGCCCAGAAGGGAAGAUAAAAGGCCCCAAAUUUAAGAUGCCGAAACUGAACAUUAAGUCGCCCAAAAUCUCGGUGCCGGACGUGGAUUUGAACCUGAAGGGCCACAAAGUGAAGGGAGAGAUGGAUGUUUCCCUCCCGAAGGUAGAAGGUGAGGUCAAAGGGCCCAAAAUCGACGUGGAGGUCCCGGACGCAAACCUGGAGGGUCCGGAGGCCAAACUGAAAAUGCCCAAAAUGAAACUGCCCCAUUUCCACGUGUCCGGCCCCAAACUGGAGGGAGCCGAGGUCGAUGUGAACCUGCCCAAAGCAGAGCUGGAGGUGUCUGGGCCGGAGGUGGACGUUGAGGGGCCGGAGGUGGACGUGGGAGGUGCAGAAGGCAAAUGGAAAGGUCCCAAAUUCCGGAUGCCGAAGCUGAACAUCAAAACGCCCAAAAUCUCGAUGCCGGACGUGGAUUUGAACCUGAAGGGCCCCAAAGUGAAAGGAGAGGUGGAUGUGGCAGCUCCCAAGAUCGAAGGGGACGGGAAAGGGCCAGAAAUGGAGGUGAAGGGGCCGAAGGUGGAUGUUGAGGUGCCCAACCUGGACGUGGAGGGUCCCGAGGGGAAGGUGAAGGGCCCCAAGUUCAAGAUGCCCGAGAUGCACAUCAAGGCCCAAAAGAUCUCCUUGCCCGACGUGGACAUCAACCUGAAGGGCCCCAAGGUGAAAGGAGAUGUGGACGUGUCAGUGCCAAAGCUGGAAGGUGAUCUGAAGGGUCCUGAACUGGACAUCAAGGGUCCCAAGGUGGACAUCGAGGCCCCUGACGUGGACAUUCACGGCCCAGAGGGGAAGUUCAAGAUGCCCAAGUUCAAGAUGCCCAAGUUUGGGAUGCCCGGGGUCAAGGCUGAAGGCCCUGAGGUGGACGUGACCCUGCCAACAGGAAACCUGGAUGUGUCCGGUCCCAAGGUGGACAUUGAAGGUCCAGAGGUGGACAUUGAAGGUCCUGAAGGAAAACUGAAAGGCCCCAAGUUCAAGAUGCCUGAGAUGCACUUUAAGACCCCCAAGAUCUCCAUGCCCGACAUCGACCUGAACCUGAAGGGCCCCAAGGUGAAAGGAGACGUGGAUGUGUCAAUGCCAAAGCUGGAAGGUGACCUGAAGGGCCCUGAACUGGACAUCAAGGGUCCCAAGGUGGACAUCGAGGCCCCUGACGUGGAUAUUCACGGCCCAGAGGGGAAGUUCAAGAUGCCCAAGUUCAAGAUGCCCAAGUUUGGGAUGCCCGGGGUCAAGGCUGAAGGCCCCGAGGUGGACGUGACCCUGCCGACAGGAAACCUGGAUGUGUCGGGUCCCAAGGUGGACAUUGAAGGUCCAGAGGUGGAUGUUGAGCUGCCCGAGGGGAAGGUGAAGGGCCCCAAGUUCAAGAUGCCCGAGAUGCACAUCAAGGCCCCCAAAAUCUCGAUGCCUGACGUUGACUUCAACGUGAAGGGCCCCAAAGUCAAAGGUGAUCUUGAUGUGUCUGUUCCCAAACUGGAAGGUGACCUGAAGGGCCCUGAACUGGACAUCAAAGGCCCCAAGGUCGACGUUGACCUUCCUGAUGUUGAGCUGGAAGGUCCUGAAGGAAAACUGAAGGGCCCCAAGUUCAAGAUGCCCGAGAUGCACAUCAAGGCCCCCAAGAUCUCGAUGCCCGAUGUCGACUUCAACCUGAAGGGCCCCAAGGUGAAAGGAGACAUGGACGUGUCUGUCCCUAAGCUGGAAGGUGACCUGAAGGGCCCUGAACUGGACAUCAAGGGUCCCAAGGUGGACAUCGAGGCCCCUGACGUGGACAUUCACGGCCCAGAGGGGAAGUUCAAGAUGCCCAAGUUCAAGAUGCCCAAGUUUGGGAUGCCCGGGGUCAAGGCUGAAGGCCCCGAGGUGGACGUGACCCUGCCGACAGGAAACCUGGAUGUGUCUGGUCCCAAGGUGGACAUUGAAGGUCCAGAGGUGGACGUUGAGCUGCCCGAGGGGAAGGUGAAGGGCCCCAAGUUCAAGAUGCCCGAGAUGCACAUCAAGGCCCCCAAAAUCUCGAUGCCCGACAUCGACCUGAACCUGAAGGGCCCCAAAGUGAAGGGGGAUGUGGAUGUUUCCCUUCCCAAACUAGAAGGUGACCUGAAGGGCCCUGAACUGGACAUCAAGGGCCCCAAGGUGGACAUCGAGGCCCCUGACGUGGACAUUCAUGGCCCAGAGGGGAAGUUCAAGAUGCCCAAGUUCAAGAUGCCCAAGUUUGGGAUGAAGGGAGAAGGCCCCGAGGUGGACGUGAACCUGCCCAAGGGGGACGUUGAUGUUUCCCUGCCCAAGGUGGACAUGGAGAUGCCAAGCGUGGACAUUGAAGGUCCUGAGGGGAAACUCAAAGGCCCCAAGUUCAAGAUGCCCGAGAUGAACAUCAAAGCCCCCAAGAUCUCGAUGCCUGACAUCGACCUGAACCUGAAGGGCCCCAAAGUGAAGGGGGGGGUCGAUGUCUCUGUUCCCAAACUGGAAGGUGACCUGAAAGGUCCGGAGGUGAAUAUUAAAGGUCCAAAGUUGGAUGUCGAUGUUCCCAAUGUCGACGUUGAAGGUCCCGAGGGGAAAUGGAAAGGACCCAAGAUAAAAAUGCCAGAGAUGAACAUCAAGGCACCAAAAUUUUCCAUGCCCGACAUCGACCUCAACUUGAAGGGUCCCAAACUGAAGGGGGACGUGGAUGUUUCUGCCCCAAAAAUAGAGGGUGACGUGAAAGUGCCAGAUCUGGAGCUGAAAGGACCCAAAGUGAACGUGGAUGUUCCUGACGUUGAACUUGAGGUCCCAGAGGGGAAGAUCAAGGGCCCCAAGUUCAAGAUGCCCGAGAUGAACAUCAAGGCCCCCAAAAUCUCGAUGCCGGACUUUGAUCUGAACCUGAAGGGCCCCAAAGUGAAGGGGGAUGUGGACGUGUCUCUUCCCAAGCUGGAAGGAGACCUGAAAGGUCCUGAAGUUGACCUCAAGGGCCCCAAAGUCGAUGUCAACCUUCCUGACGUUGAGCUGGAAGGACCUGAGGGGAAGGUGAAGGGCCCCAAGUUCAAGAUGCCCGAGAUGCAUUUUAAGGCCCCCAAAAUCUCUAUGCCGGAUUUUGAUCUGAACCUGAAGGGCCCCAAAGUGAAGGGGGACGUGGACGUUUCAGUCCCAAAAAUUGAAGGUAAUUUGAAGGGCCCAGACCUCGACAUCAAGGGCCCAAAACUGGAUGUCAAUGUCCCCGACGUCGACCUCGAGUGUCCGGAAGCGAAGUUGAAGGGCCCCAAGUUCAAGAUGCCCGAAAUGCACUUCAAAACCCCCAAGAUCUCGAUGCCCGACAUCGAUUUGAACCUGAAAGGCCCCAAACUGAAGGGAGAUGUUGACAUUUCCGCCCCCAAACUGGAGGGGGACCUGAAGGGCCCAGAGGUGGAUGUCAAAGGCCCUAAACUGGACAUCGAAGCUCCUGACGUGGACAUUGAGCUGCCAGAGGGGAAGGUGAAGGGCCCCAAGUUCAAGAUGCCCGAGAUGCACUUCAAGGCUCCCAAAAUCUCGAUGCCAGACUUUGAUCUGAACCUGAAGGGUCCCAAAGUCAAGGGGGAUGUCGAUGUGUCCCUGCCCAAGGUGGAAGGUGACCUGAAGGGGCCAGAGGUUUCACUGAAGGGCCCCAAAGUGGACAUUGAGGCUCCAGAUGUGGAGCUGGAAUGUCCAGAGGGGAAGAUCAAGGGCCCCAAGUUCAAGAUGCCCGACAUGAACAUCAAGGCCCCCAAGAUCUCGAUGCCGGACUUUGAUCUGAACCUGAAGGGCCCCAAAGUCAAGGGGGAUGUGGAUGUUUCCCUGCCCAAGGUGGAAGGUGACUUGAAAGCCCCAGACAUCGACAUCAAGGGCCCCAAAGUCAACGUGGACCUUCCUGAUGUAGAGUUGGAAGGACCUGAGGGGAAGGUGAAGGGCCCCAAGUUCAAGAUGCCCGAGAUGCACAUCAAGGCCCCCAAAAUCUCGAUGCCCGACAUCGACUUCAACCUGAAGGGCCCCAAGGUGAAAGGAGACGUGGACGUGUCAGUGCCAAAGCUGGAAGGUGACCUGAAGGGCCCUGAACUGGACAUCAAGGGCCCCAAGGUGGACAUCGAGGCCCCUGACGUGGACAUUCAUGGCCCAGAGGGGAAGUUCAAGAUGCCCAAGUUCAAGAUGCCCAAGUUUGGGAUGAAGGGAGAAGGCCCCGAGGUGGACGUGACCCUGCCCAAGGGGGACGUUGAUGUUUCCCUGCCCAAGGUGGACGUGGAGAUGCCAAGCGUGGACAUUGAAGGUCCUGAGGGGAAACUGAAAGGCCCCAAGUUCAAGAUGCCCGAGAUGAACAUCAAGGCCCCCAAGAUCUCGAUGCCCGACAUCGACCUGAACCUGAAGGGCCCCAAAGUGAAGGGGGGGGUCGAUGUCUCUGUUCCCAAACUGGAAGGUGACCUGAAGGCCCCAGACAUUGACAUCAAGGGCCCCAAAGUUGAUGUCAACCUUCCUGAUGUUGAGCUGGAAGGGCCUGAAGGAAAACUGAAGGGCCCCAAGUUCAAGAUGCCCGAGAUGCACAUCAAGGCCCCCAAGUUCUCCAUGCCCGACGUCGACUUCAACCUGAAGGGCCCCAAGAUCAAGGGUGAUGUUGAUGUGUCACUCCCUAAGCUGGAAGGUGACCUGAAGGGCCCUGAACUGGACAUCAAGGGCCCCAAGGUGGACAUCGAGGCCCCUGAUGUGGACAUUCACGGCCCAGAGGGCAAAAUCAAAAUGCCCAAGUUCAAGAUGCCCAAAUUCGGGUUUUCUGGCCCCAAAGUUGAAGGCCCCGAGGUGGACGUGACCCUGCCGACAGGAAACCUGGAUGUGUCCGGUCCCAAGGUGGACAUUGAAGGUCCAGAGGUGGACGUUGAGCUGCCCGAGGGGAAGGUGAAGGGCCCCAAGUUCAAGAUGCCCGAGAUGCACUUUAAGGCCCCCAAAAUCUCGAUGCCUGAUGUCGACUUCAACCUGAAGGGCCCCAAAGUCAAAGGGGAUGUGGAUAUUUCUGUUCCAAAACUUGAGGGAGAUUUAAAGGGCCCAGACAUCGACAUCAAAGGCCCCAAAGUCGAUGUUGACCUUCCCGAUGUUGAGAUGGAAGGACCUGAAGGAAAACUGAAGGGCCCCAAGUUCAAGAUGCCCGAGAUGCACAUCAAGGCUCCCAAAAUCUCGAUGCCCGACAUUGAUUUCAACCUAAAAGGCCCCAAGGUCAAGGGUGACGUGGAUGUGUCUCUUCCCAAGAUGGAAGGAGAUUUAAAGGGCCCAGACAUUGACAUCAAGGGCCCCAAAGUCAAUGUUGACCUUCCCGACGUUGAACUGGAAGGGCCUGAAGGAAAACUGAAGGGCCCCAAGUUCAAGAUGCCCGAGAUGCACAUCAAGGCCCCCAAGUUCUCCAUGCCCGACGUCGACUUCAACCUGAAGGGCCCCAAAAUCAAGGGAGAUGUGGAUGUGUCUGUCCCUAAGCUGGAGGGUGACCUGAAGGGCCCUGAACUGGACAUCAAGGGCCCCAAAGUUGACAUCGAGGCCCCUGACGUGGAUAUUCACGGCCCAGAGGGGAAGUUCAAGAUGCCCAAGUUCAAGAUGCCCAAGUUUGGGAUGCCCGGGGUCAAGGCUGAAGGCCCCGAGGUGGACGUGACCCUGCCGACAGGAAACCUGGAUGUGUCCGGUCCCAAGGUGGACAUUGAAGGUCCAGAGGUGGACGUUGAGCUGCCCGAGGGGAAGGUGAAGGGCCCCAAGUUCAAGAUGCCCGAGAUGCACAUCAAGGCCCCCAAAUUCUCCAUGCCCGAUGUUGACUUCAACCUGAAGGGCCCCAAGAUCAAGGGCGAUGUAGAUGUGUCUGUUCCCAAACUGGAAGGUGACCUGAAGGCCCCAGACAUUGACAUCAAAGGCCCCAAAGUUGACGUUGACCUUCCCGAUGUUGAGCUGGAAGGUCCUGAAGGAAAACUGAAGGGCCCCAAGUUCAAGGUGCCCGAGAUGCACAUCAAGGCCCCCAAGUUCUCCAUGCCCGACGUCGACUUCAACCUGAAGGGCCCCAAAGUGAAAGGAGACGUGGACAUGUCUCUUCCAAAGCUGGAGGGGGACCUGAAGGGCCCUGAACUGGACAUCAAGGGUCCCAAGGUGGACAUCGAGGCCCCUGACGUGGACAUUCACGGCCCAGAGGGCAAAAUCAAAAUGCCCAAGUUCAAGAUGCCCAAGUUUGGGUUUUCUGGCCCCAAAGUUGAAGGCCCCGAGGUGGACGUGAACCUGCCCGACGCCGACGUCUCUCUUUCGGGUCCAAAGGUCGAUGUUUCCCUUCCCGACCUGGACAUCGAAGGACCUGAAGGAAAAUUGAAGGGCCCCAAGUUCAAGAAGCCCGAACUGCAGUUCAACGUCCCCAAAAUCUCGAUGCCUGACAUCGACCUGAACCUGAAGGGCCCCAAACUGAAGGGGGAUGUCGAUGCUUCCCUUCCCAAAAUCGAGGGUGAGCUGAAAGGCCCCAAGUUGGACAUCAAAGGGCCGGAGCUCGAGGUCGAGGGGCCGAAGGUUGAUCUGGAAGGAAAAGCUAAAAAAUCCAGGUUCAAGCUCCCCAAAUUUGGCUUCUCUGGCCCCAAAGUUCAAAGCCCUGAGGUGGAUGUGAAGCUGAAGAAACCCGAGGUGGAAGUGUCUGGUCCCAAAGUCGAGGUUCAGGCUCCGGAUUUGGACGUCCAGGCGAAAUCCAAAGGCUCCAAGUUCAAAAUGCCUUUCCUGAAUAUUUCCUCCCCCAAAGUGUCGAUGCCGGACGUGGAACUGAACCUGAAAGGGCACAAAAUGAAAGGGGAGUUGGACCUGUCCGGCCCCAAACUGGAAGGGGAACUGAAGGGCCCUGAGCUGGACGUCAAAGGCCCCAAGGUGGACAUCGAGGCCCCUGAUGUGGACAUUCAUGGCCCAGAGGGAAAAAUCAAAAUGCCCAAGUUCAAGAUGCCCAAAUUUGGGCUCAAGGGAGAGGGGCCAGAGGUGGACGUGAACCUGCCGGCGGGAGAGCUGGACGUGUCCGGUCCCAAGGUGGACAUUGAAGGUCCAGAGGUGGACAUUGAGCUGCCAGAGGGGAAGAUCAAAGGCUCCAAGUUCAAGAUGCCCGAGAUGAACAUCAAGGCCCCCAAAAUCUCGAUGCCCGACAUCGACCUGAACCUGAAGGGCCCCAAAAUGAAGGGGGACGUGGACGUGUCCCUCCCCCAGGUGGAUCUAAAAGGACCCAAAGUGGACGUGGAAGUUCCCGACCUUGACGUCGAAGGGCCCAAAGGAAAAAUUAAAGGCCCCAAAUUUAAAAUGCCCGAGAUGAACAUCAAAGCCCCCAACUUGUCCAUGCCAGACCUGGACUUGAGCCUGAAAGGUCCCAAGCUUAAAGGGGGGGUGGAUGUCGACCUCUCAGCGCCAAAACUCGAAGGCGACGUGAACGUGCCGGACAUCGACAUCAAAGGCCCCAAAGUGGACAUUGAGGGGCCAGAGGUGGACAUUGAAGGGCCCGAGGGGAAGAUCAAGGGCCCCAAGUUCAAGAUGCCUGAGAUGCACAUCAAGGCCCCCAAAAUCUCCAUGCCUGAUGUCGACUUCAACCUGAAGGGCCCCAAGAUCAAGGGUGAUGUUGAUGUGUCACUCCCUAAGCUGAAAGGUGACCUGAAGGGCCCUGAACUGGACAUCAAGGGUCCCAAGGUGGACAUCGAGGCCCCUGACGUGGACAUUCACGGCCCAGAGGGGAAGUUCAAGAUGCCCAAGUUCAAGAUGCCCAAGUUUGGGAUGCCCGGGGUCAAGGCUGAAGGCCCCGAGGUGGACGUGACCCUGCCGACAGGAAACCUGGAUGUGUCCGGUCCCAAGGUGGACAUUGAAGGUCCAGAGGUGGACGUUGAGCUGCCCGAGGGGAAGGUGAAGGGCCCCAAGUUCAAGAUGCCCGAGAUGCACUUUAAGACCCCUAAAAUCUCGAUGCCCGACAUCGACCUGAACCUGAAGGGCCCCAAAGUGAAGGGGGAUGUGGAUGUUUCCCUUCCCAAACUGGAAGGUGAUCUGAAGGCCCCAGACAUUGACAUCAAGGGGCCCAAAGUCGACGUUGACCUUCCCGACGUUGAGCUGGAAGGGCCCGAGGGGAAGGUGAAGGGCCCCAAGUUCAAGAUGCCCGAGAUGCACAUCAAGGCCCCCAAGAUCUCGAUGCCAGACUUUGAUCUGAACCUGAAGGGUCCCAAAGUCAAGGGGGACGUCGAUGUGUCCCUGCCCAAGGUGGAAGGUGACCUGAAGGCGCCGAAGGUGGAUGUUAAAGGUCCUGAGUUGGAUGUUUCUGCCCCAGAUGUUCAAAUUGAGGGCCCAGAAGGGAAGAUCAAGGGCCCCAAGUUCAAGAUGCCCGAGAUAAACAUCAAGGCCCCCAAGAUCUCGAUGCCGGACUUUGAUCUGAACCUGAAGGGCCCCAAAGUGAAGGGGGAUGUGGAUGUUUCCAUUCCCAAACUGGAAGGUGACCUGAAAGCCCCAGACAUCGACAUCAAGGGGCCCAAAGUCGAUGUCGACCUUCCUCACGUUGAGCUGGAAGGACCUGAGGGGAAGGUGAAGGGCCCCAAGUUCAAGAUGCCCGAGAUGAACAUCAAGGCCCCCAAAAUCUCGAUGCCUGACAUUGACCUGAACCUGAAAGGCCCCAAAUUGAAGGGAGAUGUGGAUGUGUCUCUUCCCAAGAUGGAAGGUGAUUUGAAAGGUCCUGAAAUUGAUAUUAAAGGCCCGAAAGUUGAUGUUAAUCUUCCUGAUGUUGAGCUGGAAGGGCCUGAGGGCAAGAUCAAGGGCCCCAAGUUCAAGAUGCCCGAGAUGAACAUCAAGGCCCCCAAGUUCUCCAUGCCUGAUGUUGACUUCAACCUGAAGGGCCCCAAGAUCAAGGGAGACGUGGACGUGUCUGUCCCUAAACUGGAAGGUGACCUGAAAGGCCCUGAACUGGACAUCAAGGGCCCCAAGGUGGACAUCGAGGCCCCUGAUGUCGACAUUCACGGCCCAGAGGGGAAGUUCAAGAUGCCCAAGUUCAAGAUGCCCAAGUUUGGGUUUUCUGGCCCCAAAGUUGAAGGCCCCGAGGUGGACGUGACCCUGCCGACAGGAAACCUGGAUGUGUCCAGUCCCAAGGUGGACAUUGAAGGUCCAGAGGUGGAUGUUGAGCUGCCCGAGGGGAAGGUGAAGGGCCCCAAGUUCAAGAUGCCCGAGAUGAACAUCAAGGCCCCCAAAAUCUCGAUGCCCGACAUCGACCUGAACCUGAAGGGCCCCAAAGUGAAGGGGGAUGUGGAUGUUUCCCUUCCCAAACUGGAAGGUGACCUGAAGGCCCCAGACAUCGACCUCAAGGGCCCCAAGGUCGACGUUGACCUUCCCGAUGUUGAGCUGGAAGGGCCUGAAGGAAAACUGAAGGGCCCAAAGUUCAAGAUGCCCGAGAUGCACAUCAAGGCCCCCAAAAUCUCCAUGCCUGACGUCGACUUCAACCUGAAGGGCCCCAAGAUCAAGGGAGAUGUUGAUGUUUCACUCCCUAAACUGGAAGGUGACCUGAAGGGCCCAGACAUUGACAUCAAGGGUCCCAAGGUGGACAUCGAGGCCCCUGAUGUGGACAUUCAUGGCCCGGAGGGCAAAAUCAAAAUGCCCAAGUUCAAGAUGCCCAAAUUCGGGUUUUCUGGCCCCAAAGUUGAAGGCCCCGAGGUGGACGUGACCCUGCCGACAGGAAACCUGGAUGUGUCCGGUCCCAAGGUGGACAUUGAAGUUCCAGAGGUGGACGUUGAGCUGCCCGAGGGGAAGGUGAAGGGCCCCAAGUUCAAGAUGCCCGAGAUGCACAUCAAGGCCCCCAAAAUCUCGAUGCCUGACCUGGAUCUGAACCUGAAGGGCCCCAAAGUGAAGGGGGAUGUGGAUGUGUCACUGCCAGGAGUCGAAGGAGAACUGAAGGGUCCCGAGGUCAGUGUCGCCGCCCCUGACGUCCACAUCGACAGCCCAGAGGGCAAAUUCAAACUCCCCAAAUUCAAGAUGCCCAAGUUUUCCAUGCCUGGAUUUAAAGGGGAGGGGCCAGAGGUGGACGUGACCCUCCCGAAGGGCGACAUCAACAUUUCGGGCCCCGGCGUGGACGUGGAGGCUCCUGAUCUGAGUGUGGGCGGGAAAGUCAAAGGUCCCAAAUUCUCCAUGCCCGAGAUGCACAUCAAGGCCCCCAAAAUCUCCAUGCCCGACGUCGACUUCAACAUCAAAGGGCCCCACCUGAAAGGAGACAUCGACGUGUCGGCCCCCAGGCUGGAGGGGGACCUCCAAGCCCCCCAGAUCGACGUGAAAGGCCCCAAAAUCGACGUUGAGGCUCCCGAUGUGACCCUGGAAGGGCCCGAAGGGAAACUCAAAGGCCCCAAGUUCAAGAUGCCCGAGAUGAACAUCAAGGCCCCCAAGUUCUCCAUGCCCGACAUUGACCUCAACCUGAAGGGCCCCAAGGUCAAGGGUGACAUGGGCGUGGCAGCGCCAGCGCUGGAGGGGAACCUGCAGUGCCCAGACCUCGACAUCAAAGGCCCCAAACUGGACAUUCAGGCCCCAGAGGUGACCGUGGAAGGGCCCAAGAUCAAGAUGCCUGAAAUGCACGUCAAGACCCCCCAGAUCUCCAUGCCUGACAUCGACUUGAACUUGAAGGGCUUGAAGGGCAAAGUUGACGCUGAAUUCCACGGCCCGAAGCUCGAGGGGGGUCUGAAGGGCCCCGAGGUCGAUAUCAAGGGGCCCAAAGUCGACAUUGAGGGCCCGGCGGUUGACGUCGACGGUCUGGAGGGAAAAGUGAAGCUGCCCAAAAUGAAAAUGCCCAAAUUUGGCUUCAAAGGGGAAGGUCCCGACGUGGACGUGAACCUGCCGAAGGCCGAGGUGGAGCUUUCGGGCCCCAAGGUGGACCUCGACGUCCCAGAGGUGAGUCUGGAGGGACCAGAGGGCAAAAUGAAAGGUCCUAAGCUGAAAAUGCCCGAAAUGCACGUGAACGUCCCCAAAAUCUCCAUGCCCGAGAUAGACUUGAGCUUGAAAGGCCACAAAACCAAAGGAGGCUUUGACCUUUCGGCCCCGAAGGUGGAAGGUCACCUGAAAGGGCCCGAGGUCGAUCUGAAAGGCCCAGAAUUCGGGGUCAAAGGCCCUGAAGUCGACGUCGAAUGUCCGGACCUGAGCGUCGAGGGCCCCGAGGCCAACGUCAAACUUCCCAAGUUUAAGAAGUCCAAGUUUGGGUUCGGGAUGAAAAGCCCGAAGGCCGAAGUGGAUUUACCUGAGGCGGAGCUGAGCCUGGAGUCACCCGACGUCAACCUGUCUGGAAAGGGCAAGAAGAGCAAAUUCAAGAUGCCCAAAAUCCACAUGAGUGGCCCCAAAGUGAAAGGGAAGAAGGGGGCGUUCGACGUGAACGCGGCCGGGGCGGAGCUGGACGCGGAUCUCAACGUCGCCGGCCCCGAUGUGACCGUCAAAGGCGACGCCGCCGUGAAGUCCCCCAAGGGGAAGAAACCCAUGUUCGGCAAAAUCUCCUUCCCGGAUGUCGAGUUCGACCUGAAAUCGCACCGGUUCCGAGGGGAGGCGUCCGCAGGGGUCCCGAAAGUCGAGGGGGAGCUCAAAGCGCCGGAUCUGGAAGUUUCCAUCCCCGCGGUCAAAGGUGACGUCAAGGGGCCGAGUCUCAGCGUGGACCUUGAAGCUCCCGAUGUGAACCUGAAGUCCCCGAAGCUCAAACUCCCUGGGGGGCAGGUGGGUGUGGGGGACGGGAAAGUCGGGGGGGACCUGAAGGGCCCCGGGGUCGAGGUGGCCGUUCCCUCGCUGCCGGAUUUCAGCCUGAAAGGACCAAAGGUAAAAGGCGAAGUCGGCGUUUCCGGAGCAGAACUGGAAGGUCCCGAGGGGAAACUGGGAUGGCCCAAAGGGGGGAAAGGGGGUCUGGGGCUGGAAAUGCCGGAUGUGAACUUGGAUGUGUCGGUGCCGGGCGUGGGGGGGAGCGGGAGCCUCCCGUCAGCCGACGUGAAGCUCAGAGGGCCCCAAAUCUCCGGCCCUGAGUUUGAGGGAAACCUGAAAGGACCAAAAUUAAAGGGAGAGUUGGAUGUCUCGGGCUCCGUGGAAGGGCCGAACGUCACCCUGGGCACGCCCAGCGUUGACCUCGGAGGUUUGGGGGGGAAGAUGAAGCUGCCCAAGGUGCCGGAUCUGAGCGCCAAGGGGGGCGUUUCCUGCUCCGUCCCAAAAGUGGAGGUGGGCUCCCAGUCCCCCGGGGCCAACCUCGCCGUCUCCGCCCCGGAUUUGGACGUCAACCUGAAAGGACCAAAGUUGAAAGGAGAUUUCGGCGUCAAAUCCCCCAAAACAUCCGCAGACGCCGACGCCGACUUCGAAAUCCUCGGGGGCACCAUCAAACUCCCGUCCCUGAAACUCCCCCAGUUCGGCAUCUCCGGACCCGGCGUGGAGGGAGGGGACGCGGGGGUCGCUCUGGAAGGUCCCCAGGUGAAGGGGGGGCUGAAGGGCUCUGCCCUGGGGCUGGAAGGGCCCGACGUGGAGCUGAAAGGGCCGAAAUUCCAGGCGUCGUCUCCCGGAGUCCCCACGCCGGACGUUGACCUGAGGCUGAAAGGACCAAACGUGGACGUGUCCGGUGACAUCAAAGGCCCAAAGGUCGGCGUGGAGGCCCCUCGCGUGGAGCUGACGAAGGCGGGGACGGGCGUCCACCUCGACGCUCCCGCCCUGGAAGUUUCCGGCUCGGGGUUGAACGUCAACGUGAAAGGGCCAAAGGUUAAGGGCGGGGCCGAGGUCGGGGGCGGAACCUUCCACCUGUGCGGCCCCAAGGUGGGCGCGGCGGGUCCCGAGGGCGGCCAGGUCAAGGUGUCCUUCCCCAAGCUGCGGAUGCCCAAGUUCGUGUUCUCUGACCCCGAGGCCAAGGGCCGGGAGGUGGGAGUGGACGUCGAGUUCCCGGGGGCCGACGUGGCCGCGGCGGCCGAGCCGGAGCCGGACGACGCCGACGGGAGGCUCAAGAAACCCAAACUCAAGAUGCCCAAGUUCAACUUCUCCAAGCAGAAAGGGCGGGGAGGCGGCGGCGCCCCCGGGUCCCCCGAAGCGUCGGGGUCCGUCUCGGGCUCCAGGGGGGACCUGAAGAGCUCCAAGGCGAGCCUGGGCUCCGCCGAGGGCGACGCGGAGGCCGAGGCGCCGUCGGCCAAGGGCAAGUUCUCCCUGUUCCGCAGCAAGAAGCCGCGGGCGCGCUCGUCGUCCUUCAGCGACGACGCCUCGGCCGCGCGCGGCCCCGAGGCCGAUCCCAAAGCGCCCAAGGUGAAAUUCGGGACCUUCGGGGGCAUCGGCUCCAAGAGCAAAGGUUGUUACGAGGUGACGGCGAGCGAUGAGGAGCCGGGGCGGGCGCAGCUCGGGGUGGGGGCCACCCUGGGCCCCCCCAAAUCCCGCCUGUCCUCGUCCUCCUCCUCCUCGGAGGGCGGGCCCCGCGGCCCCGGCGUGGAGCUGACGGUGGCCAAGCGCAAGGAGUGAGGGGGUUGUACAUAGUCCCGGACGGGGGGGCCCCCGCGUGUACAGAGGGGGGGUUGGGGGUCCCCCAAAUUCGGGGGGGGGCGAGAGGGGGGGUCCCUCUGUUCGUGUAGGACCCACCCGGAGUUUCCCUUCCCUUCCCUGCCAUCCCUUUUUUGAUAUUUUUAUUGGGUUUUUCCCCCCCCCCCCCCCAUUUCCCCCCAAUAUUUUCAGUGUUUGGGGGUCGUGGAAAUGAAUUUUUUUUUGUUCUUUUUUUGAUUGUUUGUUUUGGGGGGUUUUUUUGGUCCUUUUUUUUUUUUUCUUUUGGUCUUUUUCGAACAAGUUUUUGGCUUUUUUUUUUUUUUUUUUUUUUUUUUUUUUUGGCGGGGCUGAAACUUCCGGGGGGGAAAAUGGGUUUGGGGUGAAGAAAACAGAGCUUUGUUUGUUUGUCUGUUUGUUUGGUUUUUUUGAUUUAUUGGGGGGGAAAAAAAAAUCAACCCCAACCUGUGGAUUUCUCGGAAAAAAAAUACACCCCCCCAAUUUUGAUUUACUGAAAGAAAACCCCCAAAAUUUGAUGUAAUUUAAAAAAUGGACAAAACCUGUGGGUUUAUUAAAAAAAGAAACUGAAAAUGUGGAUUUUUAAAAAAAAAAGUAAAGGAAGAAAAUGACUUUAUUAAGAAAAAUAAACCAAAAAUGUGGAUUUAUUUUAAGAAUAAAAAAAACCUGUGGAUUUAUUAAAAAAAUAAAACACAUAUGUGGAUUUAUCACAAAAAUAAACCAAAUAAAAUGGAACUAUUAUUAAAAAAAAAAAACCACACCAAACUGUGGAUCUGUUAAAAACCAAAUCAAAUAAAAUUGGACUCUUAUUAAAAAAAACAACCACAACAACAAUGGAUCGAUUAAAAAAUAUGGAUUUAUUAAAAGAAUAAGUGAAAUAAAUUGGAUUUGUGAAAGAAAAUCAAGGAAUGAAAUUGGUUCUGUUAAAAAAAUUGACCAAAAAAAAAAAGGAAUCCAUUUAGGAAUCCAAUUAAAUGGAUUUAUUACAUAAAAUAAGCCACCAAAAUGUGGAUUUAUUAAAUAAACAAAAAAAAGCGCAUUUAUUAAUGAAAUUAACCAAAAAACCACGAAUUUCUUAACGAAAUAAACCAAAAAAACAGGGAUUUGUUACAUAAAGAAAGAAACCCCCCCAACCCCGGCGGGUGAAACCGAGACGUGUCCCUGGAUCUUCUGACUCAGGCCUUGGAAAAGUUAAUCCCGGCCUAAGUUCACGAGAUCAAAUGACUCCGGGAAGGACAAAAACGAGGCCGGAGCUCCAGGAAAACGCCUCCCAAAGUUUUUAAUUUUCUUUUUUUAUUUUUUUUUGCUCGUUUUUCCGGCUGUUUCCGUCGCCGUGUCUUUGUUUUUUUUAUUUUGUCUCAGAAUUUGAUAAGAAGCCUCGAUUUGUGUCUUUUUUUUUUUUUUUUUUUUAGCCCAAAAAAAAAAAAAAAAAAAAAAGUGCGUCGGGAAUCUGGGAAAAGUUUCCUUCCGGAGGAUUUUUUUGUUUGUUUUUUUUUUGGGGGGGAGGUUUAAGUUAAAAAAAAAAAGAAAGAAAAAAAAAAUCCAGCCCUGAAAGAAUGUAAAUAAAAAAAUAAAAAAAAAACUUCCCUUUGCAGCACUUUAACGGCGAAUUAACAGGAGACAAAUGAGAAAAUGAGGGUGGAAAAUGCAAAUAAAUGCAAAUAAAAAUGUUUAUUAACCGCGA